AUGGACUUUCUGGUGCCGCAGUCGUUGCCGCCCAUCGCGACGUACCGCGUCAUGAACGCCGAGGGGAAGGUGCAGGACGAGAAUCGCGCGCCUCCCGACGUGGCGGACGAGCAGGUUCUGGAGUGGUAUAAGAAUAUGUUGACUGUCAACAUCUUGGACACGAUCAUGUCCGAAGCGCAAAGACAGGGCCGUCUGAGUUUCUACAUGGUCUCAGCCGGCGAAGAAGGCAUCAUGGUCGGUUCCGCGGCGGCGCUCGGCCCCGACGACAUUAUCACCUGCCAGUAUCGCGAGACGGGCGUGUUCAAACAGCGCGGGUACACGCUCAAGGACUUUAUGAGCCAGUUGCUGCACAACAAGAACGACCCGGGAAAGGGGCGGAACAUGCCCUGCCAUUAUAGCGGGAGGUUGAAGACUGGAGUGCAAGUUAUGGGCACAAGGGCUGAUUCGAGAGAUACAAUCCAGCAUGCUGUCGCGUCGACGCUCGGGACUCAGAUCCCCCACGCCAUGGGCGCUGGGUACGCCUUGAAACUGGCGGAUCGCGAGAGCGGCACCCAAUCGCCCCGGGUGGCUGUGGCGUACUUUGGCGACGGUGCGGCCAGCGAGGGCGACUUCCACGGGGCGCUCAACAUGGCGGCGGUGCGCGAGGCGCCCGUCAUCUUCAUCUGCCGGAACAACGGGUUCGCCAUCUCGACGCCGACGACGGAGCAGUACCGCGGCGACGGGAUCGCAAGCCGCGGGAUCGGAUACGGGAUCGAGACUCUCCGCGUCGACGGCACGGACAUCUUCGCCGUGUACGAAGCGACGAAGGAGGCGCGACGCCGCGCCCUGCGUGACGGCGGCCGCCCCGUCCUCCUCGAGAUGAUGAGCUACCGGAUCUCGCACCACAGCACCAGCGACGACAGCUUCGCGUACCGCUCCCAGGCCGAGGUGGACCCGUGGAAGACGCGCGACAACCCGAUCGCCCGCCUGAAGAAGUGGCUCGAGAACAAGGGCCUGUGGAGCGACGAGCUGGACAAGCAGACCCGGACGCAGAUCCGCCGCGACAUCCUGACUGAGCUCAAGGCCGCCGAGAGGGAGAAGAAGCCACCCUUAAGCUCCGUCUUUGACGACGUCUACGCAGAGUAUUCCGAGGAGCAGGAGGCGCAGAGACGCGAGCUCAGGCGUCUGAUGGAGAAAUACCCCGAGGAGUAUGACGCCGACGACUAUGAAGGUGGUCUGAAAGGGCUGUAG